AUUUUUUAUGUUACUUCUCGUCUGUCUUUCACCGGUAUAAAAAUCUUGAUCAACAUGAUUAAAUGUUACAUCAUUAUCUUGAUAAUACGGGUCGUCAUAACUAUAUCCUUGAUCAUAAUUAUCCUGAUAAUCCUGACUAUCAUAAUCAUAUUGGUCAUAUUGGUCAUUAUAAUUAUCAUAUUCCACUACAUUGAAUCUUCGAUUAUUGUUUUGGUGGUUUGGUGGUCUGUUAUAGUUAUUUGGUCUUCCAUUAUAGUUAUUUGAUCUUCUAUUAUAAUUUUGAUUAUUUGGUCUUCCAUAUUUUCUUUGACCAUUAUUUACCCUACAUUCAUUUGCAUAAUGUCCUGGUUGUUUACAAUUGUAACAUGCUCGAGGUGGUGGUCCUUGUCUAUUAUUAUUG